AUUUGUCAGGCAGUUUGCUAGGUGUUUGAAACUCAACAGAUAUCUGGAUUGGAGGAAGGGAUUGGACUAGAUCUGGCAAAUGAGGCAGAGACACUGUACACUUCCUGUUAGUUCUGUUUCCUGGGGUGGGGGAGGGGCAGGAAAGUGUGUUAGGUCAGAGUGGGUUAGGUUCUAUGGCAGUUGAGAAGAGCAAUGAGCCAGAAACUAGGAUGGAGAGAAGGGAAGGAAAUGCCAUGCCCUUACACAGGGUUUAAAAUUCCAGCAUCCUGGGUUACCCAACAUAUAGGCCAAUUCUCCCCUACCGCAUGUACCACUUCUCUUCUAUGUCACCACACCAGCGACAGCUUCUGGAGAGGACCCAAAGCUACAUUCGCAUGUUCUGUGCUGCCCUCAUGGGCUUUAUCUUUGUCCUGCUGAUGUGCUUUUCCCCUUUACAUUGGGUGCGGUUCAUGGUAAUGAAAGACAAGAAGAAACUCUUUGCGGGGCUCUGGACUGUGUGCCACCAUCAUCUCUGCUGGAGCCACGUGCCAAAAGCACCCUACUACCUCCAAUACUCCAGGGCCUUCUUCCUCAUCUCUGCCUUCAUCAUCCUCAUUAUCAUUAUAUGGCUCAGCACGUUUCUCACCAAAGGGCCAGGAGACAAAACCCACAUAGAUCUGGGCCUGUCCAUCUUCUCUUUCAUCUCAGGCACCUGCCUACUCCUCUGCCUCAUUUUGUACCUGAUGCAAGUGAAAUUGUACAGUAGGAAUGUCUUAGAGCCCCAUUUCCUAUUAGCCUACCGCCUCAAUUGGUGGGGCAGUAUCUUCUACAUGACAGUUGGGUUCCUCUCUGGACUCAAUCACAUAAGUUCUCGGGCUACUUCUCCAGAUCAAAAUCUCCUUGUGAUUCCUAUAACAAGGACAAGAAUAGGAAAUACGGCCAGAGUAGACCGUGGACUAACUGAAACAAAUGUAGGUGUUUCUACGUGGAUGAAUCAGGCACCAGAAAGGCAGUCAGGUUCAGUGGCACAAUCAAGUGUCUACACAGAGAAAGGGACUCAGACAAAGACAGUAACCCAAAAAGUGCUAGAAAGUCAGGUUGAACCAGAGGUCCAGGCUGAGUCAGGGACCCACACAGAGCCAGAGAUAGGAAGUGAAUCAGCAAUAAAAGAUGGGUUAAUAACUACAAGGUUAGCUACUGAGAUAGAACCAAUUGACACAGUAGAGCCAAGUCCUGAGGCAGAGAUAAUUGGGAGUGUGGCUGAUGAUAUGUCAAGCAAUAGCCUUCAGGGUAAUGAAAACAAAAUGACCAAAAACUGGAAUUAUGAGGACAGAGAUUCAGCUGAGAAAAAUGAGGAUGACAAAACAAAAAAUUAAUCUUAGAUACAAGGUAGUGAGAGCAGAGAUAUUAAAAACAAACAAGCAAACAAACAAACCCUAGAAGGCUUAAAGAUGUUUUGUUGGGUCUGUAAGAAGUGUGGUAGGAGUAUCAGAAGUAAUUCUGAUAUAAUAGUAUGACUAUUCUUUUGAACCGCCCCACCCCCCACCCUCCCACCCUGGAUUACACCUCCUUCACGGAGCAAGUGGUAUUAUGGAUGAAAGCAAGCCAUUUGUAUGGGUUAGGGCAAAGGCACCAAUAUCGUAAGGCUCACAAGGAAAGAAAUGCAAAGCUUAUUAAAGGAAGUUUCCAUGUUA